GCUGCGCUGCGGCCCACGCCGCCCUGUGAGUCGCUGGUGUCGAGGCAUCACGGCGCGCUGUUGCGCUGGCUGGAAGAGCGGCUGGGCCGCGGCGAAGAGUCCGUCACCCUGGAGCAGUUCCGGGAGCUGCUGGAGGCUCGCGGCGCCGGCUGCUCCGGCGAGCAGUUCGAGGAGGCCUUUGCGCAGUUUGAUGCCGAGGGUGAUGGCACAGUUGAAGCUGAGAACAUGUUGGAGGCCCUCAAGAAUUCCAGUGGAGCUAAUCUUCAGGGGGAGCUGAGCCACAUCAUCAGACAACUGCAGGCCUGCUCUCUUGUUCCAGGUUUCAUCGACAUAUUUUCAGAGAGCAAGGAGGGCCUGGACGUUCACUCUGCAAUGAUCCUGCGCUUCCUGCACCGCAAUCGCAUCUCUAGCACCAUGAUCCCCUACCCGAUGCUGGACCAUUGCAACAACAUGUGCACCAUGAGGUCUUCUGUCCUGCGGGAGUCUCUGGACCAACUCGUCCAAAAAGAAAAGGAAAGCCCUGGAGAUUUAACCAGAAGCCCAGAGAUGGAUAAACUCAAGUCCGUAGCAAAGUGUUAUGCAUACAUAGAAACAUCUUCCAACCCUGCAGACAUUCACCAGAUGACAAACGGAGAUACGUCAUCCUACUGGCAGUCAGAUGGCAGUGCUCGCUCACACUGGAUUCGUUUCAAAAUGAAGCCAGAUGUUGUGCUUAGGCAUCUGUCCAUUGCUGUGGCUGCCACUGACCAGAGCUACAUGCCACAGCAGGUUACAGUAGCUGUGGGGAGGACGGCCAGUGAUCUUCAGGAAGUCCGAGACGUGCACAUCCCCAGCAACGUUACAGGCUAUGUGACACUGCUAGAAAACGCCAACAUCAGUCAGCAAUAUGUGCAGAUCAACAUAAAACGGUGUCUUAGCGAUGGAUGUGACACUAGGAUUCAUGGUCUGAGGGCUGUUGGCUUUCAGAGAAUCAAGAAGUCUGGAGUCUCAGUCUCAGAUGCUUCUGCAAUAUGGUACUGGUCCCUGCUGACAUCUCUAGUGACGGCGUCCAUGGAGACCAACCCGGCCUUUGUCAAGACAGUGCUGCACAAUACCCAGAAGGCAUUACAGCACAUGCCUCCACUGUCCCUCUCAGCAGGAUCAACGGAUUUCUCAACUUUCCUGUCUCCCAACGUUCUGGAAGAAGUGGACAGUUUUCUCAUAAGGAUAACUAGUUGCUGCUCUACUCCAGAGGUGGAAUUAACUCUCCUGGCUUUUGCACUAGCAAGAGGAAGUGUCGCCAAAGUGGUGAGCUCUCUCUGUACCAUCUCCGACCACCUGGAGACACAGUACGAGGCCUCGUCUCUCCUUUCCGCCAUGGCGUCCGUGAGGCAGAGCCUGCUCCUGAAGUACGGUAAACCGCUCCAGUUGACUCUGCAGGCAUGUGAUGUCAAGGGAAAAGAAGACAAGUCGGGCCCUGAGAACCUCCUCGUGGAGCCGUGGACUCGGGACGGUUUUCUUACCGAAACUGGAAAAACUAGAGCAAGUACUAUUUUUUCUUCAGGAACCGAGUCUGCCUUCCAGGUUACACAGAUCAGAAUUAUGGUCCGACGUGGGGGCAUCGGAGCACAGUGUGGGCUGGUGUUUGCCUACAACUCAGCCUCUGAUAAAUUUCACGCAGAAGAACACUUCAAAAGGUUUGAAGAAUAUGACAGAUGGAAGCUUAAGGAGUUCAGGCAAUUUGUAAAAAGCAGGAUUGGUUGCUCCUCAGAUGACCUUGGAGAGGAUGACCCCGUCGGCUGGUUCGAGCUGGAAGAAGAGUGGGACGAAGCAGACGUCAAGCUGCAGCAGUGCAGAGUUGCUAAAUAUUUGAUGGUGAAGUUCCUGUGUACCCGUCAGGAAUCAGCAGAGCGCUUGGGAGUGCAAGGCUUGAGCAUCAGCGGGUACCUGCGGCCUGCCAGGACAGAUGCAGAGCCAAGCGCCGCCGUCUGUGCUCACUGCAGGAAGGACUCUGAGGAGAGUAUCUGUGGGGCCACGCUCCUCCUCAGGACCCUUCAGUUCAUCCAGCAGCUCGCCCAUGACCUGGUGCAGCAAAAGGAAGGUGGCUUAAAGUACAAAUCUCUCCUAGAUUUUGCAGCCCUUGAUUUGCAGAUCUUCUGGAAUUUCUAUAAUAAAUUAAAGCAAAACCCAAGAGAAGAAUGCAUCUACGCCCAAACCCUGCUUCUGCAGCUGCUCCAGAGCUGCUUCUCAGUGCUGCAGGGAGACGCACAGGUUGUCUCUGAGAAGCAAAAGGCUCCCAAACAGCGCCCUGAGCGGAUGGAGGACGCCAAGGAGCUCUACACACACUUGUGUGAUGUGGUGGAUAAGGUCGAUGGAGACUCUGUGCUCAUGGACGUUUUAAAGCAAGAAGUCAGAAAUACUCUUCUCAAUGGAGCUGCCAUCUUCUUUCCUGACCGACAGACCCGGAGGAAUCAUCUCUUCACCAUGAUGAAGAAUGUCACCGAGCAGGAGCACAAGCCAUCCCAGCAGCUUACUUUCCGCUCACUGUGCACCCAUUUUAGUGAUAAAGAUCCUGGUGGCCUUCUACUUUUACCUGAGAAGAGUGACCUGGCUGACAUGAACAUCAAUGAGGUCCUGGCAGUCAUGAACACGCUCCUCUCUGUGGCUGCUCGUGAGUGUGAGCUGCUGAUGCUCAACGGUGCCCAAGGCGAAGUCGGCUCCGUGCUUUUCUCCCUGUUCUGGUCUGUUCAGGGAAGCUUGUUCUCCUGGUGCUACCUCCAGUUGAAGAGCACAGACCCUGUGGCCAAAGACCUGGCCGUGGAGCUUCUUGAAAAAUAUGUACAACAGUUCCUGGCAAAGAUGAGAGUGAUUUUGGAGUCCCUUUUGUCACAGUACAGCGGAAAAAUUAUAGUAGAAAAAUUAUGUAAUUCAGUGUUUUCGAUGGGAUCCCGUCAGCUGGUCAUCUUUCUGCUGGACUUGUGCACGUUAGACAUCUCCCACUGCACCCUCUUGAGAGCGUUCGUCCCGCUAACAGAGCUGUUGAAGAAGCUGGGCAGUGACCCUGAAGGAGGACUGAAUGAGCUGGAUGUUGAAACGUGGCAACAGGAACAGCCUGUGGUGUUACACACAUGGACUAAGGAAUCCGCCCAUAACUAUGAAAAUAAUUGCCAUGAUGUGUCUGUCUUCGUUAGCCCAGGAGCAACGUAUUUUGAAGUGGAAUUUGAUGAGCGAUGUGAAACGGAAAAGAGGUAUGAUUAUCUGGAAUUUACUGACGCUAGAGGUGGGAAAACACGCUAUGACACAAAAGUGGGCACUGAUAAAUGGCCCAAGAAAGUGACCUUUAAGGCUGGCCCUCGGCUCCAGUUCCUCUUCCACUCUGACAGCAGUAAUAAUGAGUGGGGCUACAAAUUCACGGUCACUGCCUAUGGCCUGCCAGAUGUUGCCGUGUCGUGGGGAUUGGACUUGCAACUCCUUGUUUCCCGGCUGAUGGGACGCCUUGCUUCCCAGUGCUUGGCACUCAAGUCUGCUCAUCAGUUAGGAAAGGACAUGGCAGUUCCUCAGGCAAAAAUGGCAUCAGUCCUAAACUCCCCCUUGUGGAAACCUAUCUUCAGGCAUCAGAUAUAUCCAGAGAUGGACUUUGAAGCACAUGGGCCCACUUGCCCACCCCAGGAUAGUAAGGAGGUUAAGACCAUCUCUGACAAUCCCUGCCGCGAUUUUCUCCUUGAUUUUACACAUUCGGAUCCUGCUCAGAACCUCAGUGGGCCAUAUUCCGAACUUUCCAAAGGUGUCAUCCAAGCAUGUAGAAAGCAGACCCCAAAGACAGACAUAGUUGCUGGUUCUACCAUCGAUCAAGCUGUGAACGCCACCUUUGCCGCUCUGGUGUACUGCACUCCAGACUUGCAUGAGAAGCUGCAGAAAUAUGUCAACAGUGGGGGCAGGACGGCCCUGAGUGAAGAGUUUGCACAGGUGUAUGCUUUGGCUGAUGGGAUUCGAAUAUGGAUGCUAGAGAUGAAGCAGAGGUCCCUGAUGGGGCUUGGGAACGAGGCUGAAGAAAAACGCAACUCAGAAGCUAAUGAGACAAAUCCUGAGAGCCUGUCAAAAGAGUGUAUUCAGAAGAGUCUUCUGUUACUAAAGUUUUUACCCAUGGGGGUAAGUUCAAAAGACAGCUGUGACAAGGUGGUGCCUGCAGAUGAGACCGAUUCUCUGCAGCCACUGGACAAGUGCCAGAGGACAAGCUCGGUGGUGGAGGAGCACUUCCAGGCCCUGACGUCGCCCACUGAAGCUGCACCGCUGGCGACGGCUGACAAGAGGCCUGGCCUGGCCGAGCAGCCGAAGCUGCUGCCCAGCAAUGGCCCUUCCACCGCAGAGGUGUCCUCUUCCUCUGCCCCAGCUGAAGAGCCCUCCUCACCUUCCACACCCACCCGCAGACCGCCCUUCACCCGAGGCCGACUGCGGCUGCUCUCCUUCCGAUCCGUGGAGGAGGCCAGACCAGUGCCCACGGUCAAAGAGAAAUACCCUGUGCUGAAGGACGUCAUGGACUUCAUUAAGGAUCAGUCACUGUCACAUGAGAGUGUUGUCAAGGUUCUUUCCCUGAAGAAAGCCCAAGCCCAGAGCAUCCUUGAAGUACUGAGGAUCAUUCAGUACUGUGCAGAAUCCCUGGGUCAGCCUCAUUGCUUCCAUCCGCCCUUUAUACUUUUCCUGUUGGAACUUCUGACCUGCCAGAAAGAGUUUACCAAUUAUUUCGGACACUUGGAAGGCUGUGGUGCAGAACUACACAAAGACAUCCGAGAAACUUACUAUCAACUUGUUCUGUUUUUGGUCAAAGCAAUGAAAGGAUUUAGUAACCUAAAAGACAGGUCUCUGUUGCCUGCCAUGUCCUGUGUUCAGACGGCGCUGCUCCAUCUUCUGGAUAUGGGCUGGGAACCCAGCGAUCUCGCCUUCUUUGUUGACAUUCAGUUACCAGCUCUCCUCAUGAGCAUCUCACAAGAAAACAUCAGUGUCCACGACAGUGUGAUCAGCCAAUGGAGUGAAGACGAUGAGCUUGCUGAUGCCAAGCAGAAUUCAGAAUGGAUGGAUGAGUGUCAGGAUGGCAUGUUUGAGGCCUGGUAUGAAAAAAUAGCCCAGGAAGAUCCAGAGAAGCAGAGGAAAAUGCACAUGUUUAUUGCUCGCUACUGCGACCUGCUGAACGUGGACAUCUCCUGUGAUGGCUGUGAUGAGAUCGCCCCCUGGCACCGCUACCGGUGUCUGCAGUGCAGCGACAUGGAUCUCUGCAAGACGUGCUUCCUGGGUGGGGUGAAGCCUGAGGGCCAUGGAGAUGACCAUGAAAUGGUCAACAUGGAGUUUGCCUGUGACCACUGCCAGGGCCUGAUCAUUGGCCGGCGGAUGAACUGCAACGUGUGCGAUGACUUUGACCUCUGCUAUGGAUGCUAUGCAGCCAAGAAAUACUCCUAUGGCCAUUUGCCGACCCACAGCGUCACGGCCCACCCGAUGGUGACCAUUCGGAUCAGUGAUCGGCAGAGGCUCAUCCAGCCCUACAUCCACAACUACUCCUGGCUGCUCUUUGCUGCCCUGGCGCUCUACAGCGCCCACCUGGCCAGUGCAGAGGACAUGGAUGGGGAAAAGCUGGACCCCCAUGCGCACAGCAGCGCCACUACCCUGCGGAGCCAGUGCAUGCAGCUGGUUGGGGACUGUCUAAUGAAGGCUCACCAGGGAAAAGGUCUGAAAGCACUGGCUCUCCUUGGCAUAUUGCCAGAUAGUGAAUCCAGCUCCGGAAGUCAGUCCCUCACAGCCCCACUGCCCACCUGCACAUCUGGGGAGCCGCUCAAGAAGAAAGCUGUCCAGGCUGCUGAGGGGCCGUCAGAGGCAGGCCUUUUUGUGCACUGCAGUGGAAAGGGGGCUGCUCAGAAGGCAGUCGGAUCCACAGACUGCAAGCCAAGAAAGAAGAUGGAGGCAGGUGUGCUGUUAAUGAAGGCCCCCCCCUGCCAGAUCCACACUGCAAGCUCUCCUGCAGAUGCCAGCAAACCUCCGGGGCAUCCAGAUCCUUCAGAAAAAUGUGAAAGCCCCGUGUUUUACAACUCAGAUGCCGGACAAGCUCAAGCCUCACCCCAGAAUCCAGCAGAGGAAAAGGUGAUCACCCCGAGCCCCGAGCAGGUGUUUGCAGAGUGCUCCCAGAAGAGGGUUCUGGGCUUACUAGCCGCCAUGUUACCUCCACUGAAGACGAGUACCACGCUCCCCCUGAUAGACCUGGAGCACGCCCUCCCACUCAUGUUUCAGGUCGUCAUCUCAAACGCAGGCCACCUGAAUGAAACCUACCACCUCACGCUUGGCCUUCUGGGCCAGCUAAUCGUCCGCCUUUUGCCAGCAGAGGUGGAUGCCGCAGUGAUUAAGGUCCUCUCCGCCAAACACAACCUGUUUGCGUCCGGGGACAGUUCCCUUGUGCCAGAUGGCUGGAAGACCACCCACCUGCUCUUCAGCCUAGGAGCUGUGUGUUUGGACAGCCGGGUGGGCUUAGACUGGGCAUGCUCCAUGGCAGAGAUCCUGAGGUCACUGAAUAGCGCCCCACUGUGGCGGGACGUCCUCGCCGCCUUCACAGACCACUGCAUCAAACAACUGCCUUUCCAGCUGAAGCACACCAACAUCUUCACCCUGCUUGUGCUGGUCGGCUUCCCCCAGGUCCUCUGUGUGGGCACCCGCUGCAUUUACAUGGACAACGCCAACGAACCACACGGUGUGAUCGUCUUGAAACACUUUACGGAGAAGAACAGGGCUGUCAUCGUCGAUGUCAAAACUCGGAAAAGGAAAACAGUGAAGGACUACCAGCUAGUGCAGAAGGGAGGGGGCCAGGAGUGCAGCGACUCCCAGGCCCAGCUGAGCCAGUACUCCCAGCACUUCGCCCUCAUUGCCAGUCACCUUCUGCAAACCAGCAUGGACAGCCAUUGUCCCGAGGCUGUGGAAGCAACGUGGGUCCUGUCCCUGGCCCUCAAAGGACUGUAUCAAACAGUAAAGGCUCAUGGAUUUGAAGAGACCCAUGCUACCUUCCUUCACACUGAUCUGCUGAAGCUGCUGGUGAAAAAGUGCAGCAAAGGGACCGGCUUCAGUAAAACCUGGCUCCUCCGGGACCUGGAAAUUUUGUCCAUCAUGCUGUACUCCUCCAAAAAAGAGGCCAGCACUCUCCUGGAGCAUGGAGACCCAGAGCUGGAGGAGCGCGGGGACCAGGGCGAGGAGGCGGAGCGGCCGGUCAGCAGCCCCAGUGACACAGAGCAGAAGAAGCUGGACCCUCUGGAGAGCCUGGACGAACCCACCAGAAUAUGUUUCUUGAUGGCUCAUGAUGCCCUGAACGCCCCUCUGCACGUCCUCCGGGCCAUCUACGAGCUGCAGAUGAAGAGGACCGAUUCCUUCUUCCUGGAGGUUCAGAAGCGGUUUGAUGGCGAUGAGCUCGCCAUCGAUGAGAGGAUACGGAGCCUGGCUCAGAAGUGGCAGCCUGGUAAGAGCUUGCGGCUGGAAGAGCAGAGCGCCAAAGCCCUGGACACAGACAUGAUCAUCCUGCCUUGCUUGUCCCGGCCGGCACGCUGUGACCAGGCCACUGCGGAAUCGAACCCCGUGACCCAGAAGCUCAUCUCCAGCACUGAGAGUGAGCUGCAGCAGAGCUACGCCAAGCAGCGCCGGAGCAAGAGCGCGGCCCUCCUGCACAAGGAGCUGAAUUGCAAGACCAAGAGGGCUGCCCGAGACUACCUUUUCCGAGUGAACGAGGCCACGGCUGUGCUCUACGCCCGCCAUGUGCUGGCCUCCCUGCUGGCUGAGUGGCCCGGGCAUGUGCCAGUAAGCGAGGAUGUCCUGGAGCUAAGCGGCCCUGCCCACAUGACCUACAUCUUGGACAUGUUCUUGCAGCUGGAGGAAAAGCAGCAGUGGGAGAAGAUCCUGCAGAAGGCGCUCCAAGGCUGCCGAGAGGACAUGCUGGGGACCAUGGCCCUGGCUGCCUGCCAGUUCAUGGAGGAGCCCGGGAUGGAGGUGCAAGUGAGGGAGUCCAAACACCCAUAUAACAACAACACCAACUUCGAGGAUAAAGUACACAUUCCGGGGGCAAUCUACCUCUCCAUCAAAUUCGACCCUCAGUGCAACACCGAGGAGGGCUGUGACGAACUGUCCAUGUCCAGCAGCAGUGACUUCCAGCAGGAUCGACACAUCUUCAGUGGGUCCCAACAGAAGUGGAAGGACUUUGAGCUUCCAGGUGAUACUCUGUAUUACCGCUUUACCUCUGACAUGAGCAACACCGAGUGGGGCUACAAAUUCACUGUGACGGCCGGACACCUGGGGCGGUUCCAGACAGGAUUUGAGAUCCUGAAGCAGAUGUUGUCGGAAGAAAGAGUAGUGCCGCACCUCCCGUUGGCCCAGAUCUGGGAAUGGCUGGUGGGUGUGGCCUGCCGCCAGACUGGUCAUCAGCGGCUGAAAGCCGUCCACUUGCUUCUGAAGAUUGUUCGCUGCUGUACCCUCAGUGACCUGUGUGACCUUGCGCUGCUGAAGCCCCUGUGGAAGCUCUUCACGCACAUGGAGUACAGCCUAGCUGAGGAUGUGACGCAACCUGGCAUCCUCCUCCCCCUGCACCGGGCCCUCACUGAGCUCUUCUUCGUCACUGAGAACCGUGCCCAGGAGCUUGGCUUGCUGCAGGACUACCUGCUGGCCUUAACCACCGACGACCACCUUCUCCGCUGUGCGGCACAGGCUCUGCAGAACAUCGCAGCCAUCAGCUUGGCCAUCAACUACCCAAACAAGGCCACCCUCCUCUGGAAUGUCGAGUGUUAGCCCUUGGUGCGUGCCCGCAUGACUCUGCCGAGCCCCUCCACAGGGCUAUGGAGCAGACAUCUAAUCCCAUUCAGGAAAAUUUCUGUCGCGUCAGUUCCAGCUCUCCAUGAACCCCCAGGUAGAGCAUAAGCAGCCUCCGAGUCUCCCGAGAGCUGCUGUGUCAGCAGACUAGCGCACUGUGCACACCCCACGGCAUGGGCUGAUGGGGCAGCCUCCUCCAGGGCCAUCUGUCAGAAGGCCCGGGAAGACUCUGGGCCGUGGAGCUGGCACAGCCAGCACCUGCCCUUCGGGGGAGGACAGAGUCUGCCCGCACCGCCUUUCUCAGCACGACCUGCAGCAGCAAGACACGGCGUGGAAACUGCUCUUGUGCUUUGCUUCUCGAGACUGGGUCAUCCAAACCCAAACCUGGGGGACCCUCCUGGCCACCACCCAAUCCCCAGCCUUUCAGUGCGCCCUGAGGCCCAGCAGCCUCCGCUCCCAAGAUCCAUCCUGGCUCGGUCAUGCGGAUGGGCUCCGGUUUGCUUGGAGGCUGUCAGCAGAACCACACUGGAUUCCUGGCGAGGACAGGCUGGGCUGGUGUGCGGGUAGCUGAACUUGGGGAAGACUUUUUAGCUUCUGCACCCAAAGCAAGGAGCCCAGUGGCUCUGGGGUUAAAAUACCACUUCCAACCUGUGAGUUGGCAGUGGGAGCCCACUGGCCGGCUGCCGGGCAGGUGUGGCGGUCUGCCUUGGUGAGGACUCCCAGCCUUGGGAACCCCGGGCAGUUCUACUCUGUCCUGCAGGGACGCCGUGAGUGGGAAUCAGCUUGCUGGCGGUAGGUUUGAGUCUGUUUCCUUUUGGACCUAAAGACUUGAAGUGUUAGCAAAGGGAUCUUAUUUUAGGAAUUUUAUAAAAAUAGGAUUUUAAUUUUGCCCGGUGGUCCUUAGAAUCUCCGUGACCCCUGGGGGACCCCAAGUGGUUGCUGGGCUGUCACUUGUCUAGCAAUAACAACAUUCAUCCCAGCGAGUACUCUGUGCACCUCCCGCCCCGGUCUGCCCUCAAGUGCUGAUGAUUCUUCCUCCAAAGACAGGUGGGAGCACCAGCUGGAUUGGCAGGUGGAGCCUGUCUGUAUGACGAGACCUCAGGUGGCUGCCAUCACAGGGGGGUGUCAGCUCAGGGCUGGAUACCCCACCUCCCCCCAGGGCCAGACCCCAGGCAGGUCUCCAAGCCAGGACCCAGUUUGUCCCUUGCCUCUGAAGCCCGCUCUGCCAGGUUUGCAGGAGACUGGGGUUGGGAGACUCUGAGGCGCAGGUUGUUACUGAAAGAGCCCUUCUGCCCCCUAGAUCCAGACAGAAGGAGCGGGAACCCACGGCAGCCCCCCAGUGAGAGUCCCACCUGGGUGCAUUUGGAGUGCGGGUGGGAGGCGGGCCCUGAGGGCCUGUCCCUCGUGCUGCUGGGACCUGGGUAGAAGGAUGUGCCUACUCCACCCAUGGAGACCCUUUCCCAUCCUUUGCUCUUUGCCAAAACCAGCCUUGCUUUGCAAGACUGGGUCAUCCAAACCCAAACCUGGGGGACCCUCUUGGCCACCACCCAAUCCCCAACCUUUCAGUGCACCCUGAGGCCCAGCUGCCUACACCCCCGGGAAAGGCCCUCUGUGCUCCUGCCCAGACCUCAGGAGCUGUCACAGGGAGAGGCCCAGCAUGGGGCCUGGGAGGGGAGGGCCCUACUGUGGGCUCAAGAGUCACUCUGCCUGGGCCUUACAGGUCCAUGCAGCAAGAGCCUCACCCCCGUCUCGGAGUGAGGCGUUAUCGGGUGCCAGACCCCUGAGGCAGUUGCCUCCAGGCCUGCUCCCCACCUUCCCAUCAGGAGGAUGUGUAAAUAAACGCUGGACUCCUCAGCUGCUCUCCAUGCCCUCCCUCACUGGUGUCCUCUCCCCAGUUGGCUGGAACACGCCCCGGCUUCCCUGCACUCCGGCCCCCUCGGCUCCUGGUCCCCAGCUAGGCGAGUGUGCCCCCAUCUCCCUCAAGACCACCGGCGGGGGCCCUUUCUGGGAGGCAGGCCUGCCCGGUGUCGGGAGUGCUGGGGCCGUGUGCCUCCGCUGCAGAAACCUUUCUUAGACGGGAGGAGGCUUCAUUGCCGUCAUCCUUCCUCGUUUGUUUUCUUACGGGUUUACAACUUUGAAUUUUUCUUAUUUGGCUGAAAGAAAGAAUUUUGAUUAUAUCAGCUGGGUGAGUUCAGCUUGUAAAAAGGGUGUUAAACUGUCAGUAAAAUAUGCAAAUGAAGAGAAAUAUAUUGUACAAAUUCUAUAUAAAAAGAGUGCAGUUGUGUG